UGUCUUACCCCACCUUGACGCGAUCGGGCAUCCUGACGUCUUCUCGGAGCACAAAGUGAUAAUGCAUCAGUCAGAUUCUGCUCAUCGGUUGUCGCGGUUCCCGCACGGAUCCUGACGGGCCGCUUCCACACGCAUCUUACGUUUUCAGGGACGUUUAUCCGCUUUGCUCCCGCUCCUAGUCGGAGGUGGUACGUUAUACCGCUUUGUGUCCGCGGGAUACCGAUGGCCACCAUCAGCGUCCCCAGCAUCAGCACCACCACCGCCGGAGGGCCGACGGGCCGGUCAGGACGGCCGGGAUUCAACCAGCACACCUAGCAGGUCGCCGCACCGCUGAAAAGUCCCUGAUUGGACUGAACUGCCUUAACCUGACCUUUGACCUUUCUCCGACUUCUGACCAAGUGCUCCAAGCCACCGGGACCGAUUUGUCAUCCAGCCUCUAGCUACGCCUGCCCUCAUCAUUAUGGAUCAGAGCAUCUGGGAAACCAACUGAUGAUUGUGCAUCCACCAAACACCAUGACCAAGCUCCAGGACGAAGCCGGGAGGCGCUAAACGCAACAUUUGCCAUCAAAAGAAUGUGAAUUUGGAUUUUAAUUUAUAUUUUCAUGACUCUGUAAACUGGAACUUUUCAAGUCAGCUUCAGUAACCAAAAAGACAAUUACUUACAUCCAACGGAUGGAGGACAGCAGGGACUUUAAAGCUUUUUAGGAGCCGACAAUGUAGAAGCAGGAGCAGUGACAGUUGCUUGCCCAUAAGUUGUUUCUGUUUUUACCUGAGCAACACUGGAAGUAAAACCGUCCAACAAACAAAGAGAUGAGUGUGUAAAAACAACAAGAGCUCAGAUUGUUUCUUUUUCACUGCCUUCAUAAAUGUAGACAUUUAAAACAAAGACAACACCAACAAACAGCAAAUAAGAUUGUGUUUCACAAAAAAGGGCAAGGACACAUUUACACAACUGAGCCACAAAAGACUGAUCAACGUGAACUGACUGACGCUAAGGAAUAAACAGGAGCCUGAGGAAACGUCAGGAAACAAACGAGGACAAAACACAACAAUGACGCACUUACACACUGGCCUGAGCUCAGACACGAUGGACAAAGCUCGACUAGAGCUGAACGAAAACCCCGACACUCUGCACCAGGACAUUCAGCAGGUGAGGGACAUGAUUGUGACGCGUCCAGACAUCGGCUUCCUGCGGACGGAUGACGACUUUAUUCUUCGCUUUCUCAGAGCUCGAAAGUUUGACCAGUUGGAAACAUUUCGGCUGCUGGCCCAGUACUUCCAGUUCAGACAGCAGAACCUCGACAUGUUCCAGAGCUUCAAGGUAGAUGAUCCGGGCAUAAAACGAGCACUGAUGGACGGUUUCCCAGGAGUUCUGGAGACUCCAGACCAACAAGGACGGAAGAUCCUGAUCUUGUUUGCCUCCAACUGGGACCAGAGCCGGAACUCGUUCACUGACAUCCUGCGGGCCAUCCUGCUCUCCCUGGAGGUUCUGAUUGAAAACCCGGAGCUGCAGAUCAACGGCUUCAUUCUUAUCAUUGACUGGAGCAACUUCUCCUUCAAACAGGCCUCGAAGCUCACACCCAACAUCCUCAAACUGGCAAUAGAGGGUCUGCAGGACAGUUUUCCAGCUCGGUUCGGAGGGAUCCACUUCGUCAACCAGCCGUGGUACAUUCACGCCAUGUACACCAUCAUCAAGCCGUUCCUCAAGGACAAGACCAGGAAACGGAUCUUCCUCCACGGUAACAACCUGAACUCGCUCCACCAGCUCAUCCAGCCUGAGUGUCUGCCGUCGGAGUUCGGUGGGACGCUGCCGCCGUACGACAUGGGCAUCUGGGCCCGAACGCUGCUGGGACCUGACUACAACGACGAGACCGAGUACACGCUUACGUACGACGCCCUGCACGUCAGGGAGAACUGUGGAGGAGGAGACAAGGAGAUGAUGAAGAGGUCUCAGUCGACGGCGGAACCAGGAACCCUCAGACAAAGUGACAGAGAGACCAGCACGCCGCUGCUGGCGCUGGACUGAACAAGUGCAUGGCAAAGUGGCAACAUUUGUGACCCAUCUCUCUCUCUCUCACACACACAAACACACACAAACACACACACACACACACACACACACACACACACACACACACACACACACACACACACACACACACACACACACACACACACACACACUCGUGCACGGCACCUUUCCAUCCCUUACACACUAGUCUUUUUAUAGUUGUGAGGACAACACUCCAUUCUGACAUUUCAAAUAAGUCUGAUUUAAACACUGUAAUAAAUGACCGUCUGAGCUACAAAGCUGCAUAAACAUUUAGAAACUACAUUAACGCGUCAUGAAAAGAAGCUGAAUGAUGAACUCUGCUUCCUAACAGUUCGUCCACACAACUAUAAAAACGACAGACACACAGGCCGACUGCCUCCGAGCGGAGCCACCGUUCAGCUGUAUCGGUCCUGAUCAAAUCACAUCCCAUCACAGCGGCGUGUGCAGGCUCCUCCUUUCCUUCAGUCUGUCAGAUCUGAAUGCAGACAAACCUGUGGUGACGUCUCACUUGAACCUCUGGGAACAAACCACCAAAGACACAACAAUGAAAUUCACACAGACGAAGAAGCAGAAGCACAUCAGGCUCUACCAUCAAGGACGGGUUUGUAUCCUAAUUAGAUGGGCGGUCUUAACCGACCCACCUACCGCUCUCCAGUGAUUGGGCAAAUUGAGUGAGCAGCUCUGGAGGAGCCUGACCAGUCCUGAGGUUAGCACCGCCCACCUCGUUAGAAGAGUCACGUACAAACAUUAAAAAACAAAACUUUGCUCUAUUGAAAUGUAACCACUGAGGCUGAAUUCGUCUGAUCCUUGUUGGUGAAACCUGUGUUAACACUAUUCAGCAGUUGGAUGUGAUUGGUUUUAUCACUGAAUCAUCACAAAAUGCUGAAUUUAACAUCCACAAAUGUGAAAUAGUGGCAGAAGAAAGGACUUGAGGAACUUCAUCAGACGAUUCUCCUGCUUCUGUUUUUUGAUGUAAAACUCAAAACAAGCAGCUCCAGGAGCCGGAGCAUCAUCGGUCAGCGUCAAGUAUUUGUUUCUGAAAACAGUGUUGUGAAAUGACAGGAUGCCAAACUCUCACCUUUAACCUCUACUAAUGAUUGUUUUUAUUGAGUCUGUCUUAUUAAAGAUUGUAUUAUAUCGUUGUUAGUAUGAACACGCUGCAGAAGAACAGGGUCCAGUCUGUAAUCAUGAUGAUGGAUCAUAAACUGUUUCGUGUUCGUUGAUGAGCUGAAUGUGAAGCAGCAUCAUAUCGUCGUCAGGGCUCCUCAGCAGAUCUGGUCUCCACUCUACUGUAACGUCUGUCAUUUAAAUGAAUGUACAGUUUGACACCAAGCAGCUCGUGGCGUGUUUUGCUCUGACUUAUAUUUUGCAUUAAUAAAGAGGCUGUAGAACAUA